GGAGGCAGCGUUGACUCCGCAGCGGGUGCAAGAUGCGCUCAGAGAAGGAGGGGGUGGGAGGCUCCGGGGCGGCCGUUGCCGCGCAGGGCCCGAGCGGGAGGGAAAAGGUGUCUGCUGUGGAAGUCCAAUUCCGCCGAGAGUCGCCGCGGCGAGAACCAGAGGUGCCACCAGCCUCGUCCUUCGCCUGUGGGGGCGGUACAAGCAAACCUCGCGAGGAGAAGAAGACCGUCCUGAGCAAGGUGGUGAUCCGGCGGCUGCCUCCCGGCCUCACCAAGGAGCAGCUGGAGGAGCAGCUGCACCCGCUGCCCGCGCACGACUACUUCGAGUUCUUCACGGCCGACUUGAGUCUUUAUCCUCAUCUUUACUCAAGAGCAUACAUUAAUUUUAGAAAUCCUGAUGACAUCCUUCUUUUUAGAGAUCGUUUCGAUGGCUAUAUCUUCAUCGACAGUAAAGGCCUAGAAUAUCCUGCGGUGGUAGAGUUUGCCCCAUUCCAGAAGAUAGCCAAAAAGAAAAUAAAGAAAAAAGAUGUCAAAACUGGAAGCAUUGAAGACGAUCCAGAAUAUAAGAAGUUUUUGGAAACUUACUGUGUGGAGGAAGAGAAACCUAAUGCCAAUCCUGAAACUCUCCUGGGAGACAUAGAGGCAAAGACUAGAGAACUUAUUGCUAGAAGAACCACACCUCUUUUGGAAUAUAUUAGAAAUAGAAAAUUAGAGAAGCAGAGGAUUCGAGAAGAGAAGCGAGAAGAACGAAGAAGAAGGGAGCUGGAGAAGAAGCGUUUACGGGAAGAAGAAAAGAGAAAAAAGAGAGAAGAGGAGAGGUGUAAGAGGAAAGAGGCAGACAGACAGAAGAGAGCUGCUGAGAGAGAAGUAAGGAUUAAGCUUCUUAAGAAACCAGAAAAGGGGGAGGAACCAACUGAAAAGCCAAAAGAAAGAGCAGAGGAAGUGGACAUUGGAGAUGGAAAACGGGAGCCCAGUGCUGGCUGUGCUGUCCUGAAGCCCACGCCCUUUGGGAGCUUGGUGGAGGAGCCCAGGGAAAAGUCACAGAAUGACAGUGAUAAAGAGCAAAGGGAGGUGGAGAGAAGGUUUCGAGAAAAAGAGCCUGAAACACAAAGAUGCCACGUGGACGACAGUAGAAAGCACAGAGCUCCCUGUGAGUUAGACAAGUUUUCAAGGAGAAACGAAGAAGAGCCAAAAUGGGGGAAAGGAGUCCCCCCAGACACAGGGAAGAAGGGGAAACAGGACAGUGGCGUCCCUGUGGAGGCAGCAGAGUGGCCCGGGAGAGAGCACAGGAAUGAAGGCGGCCCAGCACCCAAAGUGGAGCGUCCGGGAAACAAGGACCGGCCAGCCUUGCAGCUGUACCAGCCAGGAGCUCGCAUCCGAGCACGAGAAACUGGUGGGGGAGUCUCCGUGGAGGGCCAUGAUGGGAGCAGGGGCGAGGCUGAAGAUUCGGCGUGGGCUGGUUCUCAGAAGAGUGAAGAGGCAGGGGCUUUGAUCUGGAAACACAAGUGGAGCCAAGAUGGACUGAAGACUCAAGCAUAAGACCUGAAACCAUAAAAUUCCUGGAAAGAAACAUAGAGGAUUCGAUCCUUGUCACCAGUCUUGGCGAUCAUUUUUUGUAUUUGACAUGAAAAGGAAAGACAACAAAAAUAAAAAUAAACAAAUGCAACUACAUUAGGACUAAAAAAAGUUUCACAUGAAAGGAACCCAUUUAUAAAAUGAAAAUGCAGCCCAUGGAGAGAAAAAAAUAUCUUAACACAAGAUACCUAAUAAGGGGUUAAUAUCCAAAAUAUGUGAGGAAUUCAUACAACUCAACAGCAAAAAAACUACAAAAUUACCCAAUAAAAAAGGGGGCAAAAGACCCGAAUAGAUCUUUUUCAAAGAGGACAUCCCAGAUGGCCAACAGGUACAUGAAAAGAUGCGCAACACCAUUGCUCAUCAGAGAAAUACAAAUCAAAACCCCAAGGAAGUACCACCUCACACCUGUCAGAGUAGUUAAAAUCACACAGACAAGAGAGCAAGUCUUGGCAAGGUUGUGAAGGAAGGGGAACCCUUGUGCACCAUUGGUGGGAACGCCAAGUAGUCAAGCCACUACGGUAUGGCAGUGUGGAGAUCCCUCAAGAAAUUAAAAAUAGAACUACCAUAUGAUCCAGCAAUGCCACUGUGGACAUAGGUCCAAAGGGAACAGAAGCACUACCUUAAAGAGAUAUCUGUUCACACGUUUAUCACAGCAUUAUUCACAGUAGCCAAGGUAUGGAAAUAACCUUAGUGUCCACGAUGGAUGGAUGGGUGGAUGGAUGGAUAAAGAAAAUGGAAUAUUAUGUGGCCUCAUAAAAGGAAACCCUGCCAUUUUCAACAAUGUGGAUGAACUUGGAGGGCAUUAUGCUAAAUGAAAUAAGCCAGACAAAAAAGACAAAUACUCCAUAGUGUCACUUACAGGUACAGUGUGGGAAAAAAAAAAAAAGUCCAACUCCUAGAAACCGUAAAAUGGUGGCUGACAGGACUAGUGUGUGAGGGAAAUAGGGAGAGGUUAGUGAAAGUCCUAGGUUAUUCAGUUAUAAGAUUAAGGUCAAGGAUCUUAUGUACGACAUAAUGACUGUUGAUAACACUGUAUUGUAUAACUGGAAUUUGCUAAGAGUAGAAUUUUCUCAUCAAAACGCAAAUAUGUGAAGUGACACAAACUCAUUGUAAUCCUUUCAUAAUGUAUACAUUUUACAAAUCAGUAUGUUGUACACUUUAACUGUUACAGAUCUGUCAGUUUUACCUCAAAGCUGGAAAAUAAGUAGGUAAAAACGUAGUACUCCCUCUGAGAGUUUCCUGAGAUCUGUCCCCAAGGCUUCCCGAAAGUCACUUUGAGAUUACUGAUUUAAAACAAUAAUACAUCUGUAUGAUGGGUUACCUUGGCAUAAAACACUUCCAUAUACACUUCCCAGUUUCGGCUUAGACUCACUUUUAAGAUUGGUUGGGUGGGACAUAGAUGAACUCCCUUUUAUAAACUAGGAAACAGGUUUAGAGAUGUCUAGCACCUGUUGCUGGCAAAGUCAGAAGCUGCUUUCAUAUUUGUAAAGUUUUUAUUAAUAAUUACCCAGAAAAAAAGGUUUCUGAGUUUGCCACAUGUCUAAGAAAUGGUAGAAAUGUUCCUCACAUGGACAUAGCCCAUGGGAGUUGCAGCCUACAUCACGGGGAGGGAAUACAGUGCUCAGUGUGACUGAGGGGCGGUGUGGGGCUGGCCACCUUUUGGUUUGCCUUCUAUAUUUGCCUUGCAAAAUUUUCUUUUUUUUUCUAUUGUUUCUCAUUUUAGAUCCCAGUCUGGUUUUAUUUGGCUAUCUAGUAAUUUUAAUAAUUAUAUUCAAAUGUGAAUAUAGCAAAGCAGAACAUUAACUAUCAGUAUUUUAAUGGAUCUCAGUGUUGCUAGGAAAUUAUAAACAGCAGCUAACUGAAGGAAUUCCUCAAAUCUGACAUGAAUUAGGCACUCUGAAGAAUCUCAUUUACAUCUUUGGAAACAAGUUUUCACUUGCUUGAUAAUAGUGCUUACCGAGUCAUCAUCUCCCACUUCAUGAGUCACGUGACAGUGAGACCCUUGGAGUAAGAUGAGGCAGCUCAUGGGCAACAGGUUUUCUGUACAGAUCUCCACGAGGAAAGCGGGGUGUGUGGCCGUGGCCUGGGGGCACCUCUGGCCGAGUCCUGCACAUGUAGGGGACCCAGCUGGUGAAGAGCAUCCGCUUCUUCACAUCACACUAUGAGAAAGGAUCUUUUAGGUUCGCCUGUCAUGAAAUUCUCACUUGUAUCUGUUUUCUCAACUCUGAUAAAAGGAGAGAGAAUUAUCUACACUUUAAGUAGAUUUGUUUGCUAUUCUGUUCUUCCUAUCUUUAAAAUUAAGGACAUGUCAGAGAUUAAAGUGAAGAAUUAGGUAUUUGAUUUGUUUGACCUGUGUUAAUAGCAAAAAAAAAAAAAAGAAAGAAAAAUGAGAGAAAAUAAGUUUAUUUUCACAACAGUAUUCAGCCAACAGGGUUUUGUUUUGUUUUUUAAAGCAAAUUAGCCUACUUCAAUCCACCAGUUAAUUGCUUCAACCCAGUCCCAGCUAUAGCAAGUUCUAAUGAUAGUAAUUGCUGUAUGAAGAUUCAGUUUUAAAUCUUUAUUUUUAAAAUUUUGUCACUUCAGUGAAGUUUAGAGAAAUGCUGUCUUCUCUGUGUGAGCUUCUGUUGGGCUGCAUUUUGGUGGAAAGCUAACAGCUUCUUGUAAGUGCUUCUCCUUUGUAUCGAAAGCGUGUUUAUCAUGUAAUGUUUAAAAUUUCUCCCCAAAUCCUUCACUGUUACACAUCUAAAGGAAAAAUAGUUACAUUAGUAACUUUGUAUCACAAAAGCAAUAAAAGAUGUCCCGGCAGACUUAAGCAGUCUCUCCCAUAGAGGAAUGGCAUUUUUCAACAAUAAUAGCAUUUUUAGUAGAACAGUUCAAAUUAUUGUCAUGUCAAGGUGCCAAACCGGGAGCCGUGUGCCUACAUACAAUUACCUGCCACACCGCAUGAGGUAGCCAUUUCCUACAUCACUUGACCCUACUUUUCCGAACUGAAAAGCGGAACGACUGAUUUGCCAAAGGGUUCUUGUGCCACUCUGGGCUGUGAGGGCCAAUUAGGAGAUGUUUGGGUACCAAACUGGCAUUUAUUGGAUGUCUUAACAGAUGGUAGAAACCAUGAUAUCCAGACUCAAGCCUUGCUAUGGGCUGAACUUUGUCCCCACAGAGUUCACGUAUUAAAGCCCUAACCCUCCUCCCUCCCCCGUACGAGUGUAUCUGGAGUGAAGAAGUAAUCAGUGUUAAAUGGGCUUAUAAGGAUGGGGCCCUGAUCUGGUAGGAUUAGUGUUCUUGUAAGAGGAGACACCAGAAGGUGCCCGUCUGCAAGCCAGGGAGUCCUCACCGAAAUACCUGGCACCUUGAUCUUGGACUUCUGGCCUCCAGAACUGUGAGAUGAGUAUCUGUGUCUGAAGCUGCCCAUCCAUGGUAUUUUGUUAACAGUGGCUGGAGCUGAGUGAGACAGGCCUGUCCCAGGAAACCUGAGGACUGAGAGGGUGCAGGAAGGAACCCAGGGGUGGCUCCCCUCUCCUGGAUCAUCCAAACAAGAUUUGGUCAUUCCUGUGUUACAAAGAAAAUUCCUCAGGCAAAAGUGCCACAUCAAAACAUAAAGUGGAAAUGUCCUCCAGCUAGCAUGUGAACUCCUAACCCUACAUCCUACAUACAGACCCGCACAAGUACAGACAGUAAGCACACCGGCUGUCCCUAUGCCCUGCUGUAACAGGAGAAAUGGGAAAUGUCUGGCUGGCAGAAUACGGACACUGAAAUGUCCACAGUGUGUUACAAAGUUAGAAUUGCAAGAUGUGCUUUAAGUAGUUAAGCACAUUGGAUGUUUGUGUGUGCUAGAAAAUAUCUGAAAAGAUGUGUACCAAUGUGAAGUAGAGGGUCAGUUGUUCUACAACAAAGGAAGUAAGAAUACUCAGCGGGGAAAAGAAGAUUUCCCCAACGAAUAGUGCUGUGUUCUGGACAGCUGCAGGCAGAAAAAUGAAAUCAGACCACUUUCUUACACCACACACAGAAAUAAACUCCAGACAGAUUAAAGACAUAAAUGUGAGACCUGAGACCGUAAAACUCCUAAACCAUAGGCAUUAAUCUUGUAGAAAUCAGCCUUAGCAACAUAUUGGUGGGUGCUGCAUCUCAGGCAAGGGAAACAAAAGCAAAAAUAAACUCUUGGGAUGACACCAAAAUGAAAAGCUUCUGUACAGCAAAGGAAACCACGAACAAAACAAAAAGGCAACCUAUAGAAUAGAAGAUAGUUGCAAAUGACAUAUCUGAUGAGGGGUUAAUAUCCAAAAUACAUAAAGAUUGUAUCAGUUCUGAGAAAAACAACCAAUCUGAUUAAUAAGUGGGCAGAAGACCUGAGAAGACAUUUUCCCAAAGACAUAGAUGGUCAAAAGGGGGCACCUGGGUGGCUCAGUCUGUUAAGCAUCUGCCUCAUGAUCCGAGGAUCCUUGAAUUGAGCCACACAUCUUGGGCCCCUUGCUCAGCCGGGAGCCUGCUUCUCCCUCUGCCACUCCCCCUGCUUGUGUGCUCUCUCUCUCUCUGACAAAUAAAUAUAAUCUUCAAAAAAAAAAAAAAAAUACGUGAAAAGGUUCACAACAUCACCAAUCAUCAGGGAAAUGCAAAUUAAGACCACAAUGCGAGAUCACACUUCUAUUAAACUUAGUAUUCAGAAUGGGUAGAAUAAAAAAGACAAGAGGUAACAAGUGCUGGAGAGGAUGUGGAGAAGAGGGAACCCUUGUGCACUGCUCUAGUGGGAAUGUAAAUUGGUGCAGCCACUGUGGAAUAUGGUAUAGAAAUUCCUGAGAAAACCAAAAAUGGAAAUACCAUAUAAUUCAGUAAUUCCACUGCUGGUUAUUUUCCCAAAGAAAACAAAAACACUAAUUUGAAAAGAUACAUGUACCCCUGUGUUUAUUGUAGCAUUAUUUACGAUAGCCAAGAUACGGAAGGAGCUUGUGUCCAUCCAUCCAUAAAUGGAUAAAGAUGUUACAUAUAUAUGUGUGUGUGGGCAAGCACACGCGUGUAUAUAUGCAGAUGAUGGAAUAUUAGUCACAAAAAAGGAAUGAAAAAAAAAAAAGGAAUGAGAUCUUGCCAUUUGCGACAGCAUGGAUGGACCUAGAGGGUUUUAUGCUAAGUGAAAUAAAUCAGAACAAAAGCAAUACAAAUGAUUUCACGUCUAUGUACAAUCUAAAAACAAAACAAACAGAAACAGACUCCUAAGUACAGAGAGCAAA